AUGACUAUCCUAGGGGUUGGACCACCAAUUACGAGACCAACAACGAAAUACGUACCUAAAGUAACCGAUUACAUAGACAAUAGGGGAGGUGAGAACAAUGAAUGCGAGCCGAUCCCGGCUAGCCUUACAGCGCCUAAAAUCGGCAGGAAGGCUUUUGAUAAAUGUAAAGAAUACCAAGAGGAACAUGUAUACCCGUGUUCCGAGAACCAGGCCAUAUUUGGUGGAUUGUCCAGAACCAACGAAUGUGGACACAGUAGUGAUGACCUCAUCAUUGGUGGAGAGAACUCCACUGUUAGAGAAUUCCCGCAUAUGGCCCUACUGGGUUUUGGCGACAGGGAUAAUCUGCAAUGGGUAUGCGGAGGGUCCGUCAUUAGCGAGAAUUUCAUACUCACGGCUGGACAUUGCACUAUUGACAAUCAGAGCCGCAAUGUAACUCACGUUCUUCUAGGCGUUUUAAAACGCACAGAAAUGCACAAAGCGAAGAUAUACCGUGUUAAGAAGAUCAUCAAACAUCCGGAGUACAAACCGCCAGUAAAAUAUAAUGAUAUCGCCUUGUUGGAAUUGGAGGUUCCUCUCACCCUGAGCAAAGAUGUUGUGCCAGCUUGUCUGCACAUCGGUGACCAGGUGAAAGAUGACCGAGCUAUAGCCACUGGAUGGGGAGCUACUGCGUAUAGAAAUCGGACAUCUAACGCUGAGGUUUUGCAAAAGGUGACUCUAACAAAGUUCGGCACAGAAGAAUGUCUGCUCAAGUUCCGACGCCAUCGUCAUUUGCCUAUUGGGUUUAACCCGAACACGCAGAUUUGCUAUGGCGAUUAUACUCAAUCGAAAGAUGCUUGUCAGGGUGACAGCGGCGGGCCUCUACAAAUAAAGAGCAAAAGACUCGAUUGUAUGUACAUUAUUGUUGGUGUCACAUCAAUCGGAGGAGUUUGCGGUACUGUGGGACAACCUGGGAUCUAUACGAAAGUUGCACCAUUCACUCCUUGGAUUGAAAGCAUAGUUUGGCCUUAAAGUUGUGUUUUUUUAUUAUACCACGUAGAGAUAAUAUGAGACAUUAAUGUUAACGCCAGAAUAGAGCGGCUUUAGAAUUACGUUGAAUUAGAAAGUGGUCUGAUUUUGGAAUGUGUAAUAAAUUAAUAUUAUGAAUGAAGGGUUGUGA